CACAUUUGUAAGGAUGGUGGUGAACAUUUAACCUUAAAAGUAUUCAAACCAAUUUGAACUUCGUGACUGCAGGGUCGCUGAAAACAAUGUCAAAGAAGGGGGUCAGUGCUGAAGAGAAGAAGCAGAGAAUAAUGCAAAUCUUCUAUGAACAGAAGACAUGGUUCCAAUUAAAAGAAUUGGAAAAGAUUGCUCCAAAAGAAAAGGGUGUUAUUGCUAAUUCUGUGAAGGAUGUGGUCCAAAGCUUGGUUGAUGAUGGAUUAGUGGAAACAGAUAAAAUUGGAUCAUCCAUUUACUUCUGGGCUUUCCCAAGUCAAGCUUUAAAUAUCCAUAAAAAGAAAUUAAAAAAUAUUGAACAAAAUCUGCAGAAAACUCAGGAACAACUAAAAACAACUACAGAAGCAGUUGGUAAUAUUCAAAUAAACUCAAAUGAUGAAGAGGAAAAGAAAAAACUGCUUGAAAAGAUAAUUGAUUUACAAGUGGAAAAGCAGUAUCUCGCAAACAAAUUGACCAAGUGCCAAAAUAAUGAUAAAGAAAUGUUUGAAAGCCAAAAGAACGAAAUAAAGGAUAUUAAGCUUGCUGCAAAUAGAUGGACAGAUAACAUUUUUCAACUGAAAACCUGGUGCAGGGAUCGUUUCAUGAUUGAAAGUAGUGUCAUCGAUAAGCAGUUUGGAAUCCCAGAAGAAUUGGAUUACGUAGAGUAAGCUCACUACACAGUUAAGAGAAAAAGCAAACAAAUAAAAUAAGUUAGGUUAUGAGCAUAA